AUGGGUGGACACGGCGCAGAACUGUCCAGUACGCACAAUAAGGGAUCUCAGACUGAACGGAAGUACGGGUACUGCAGGGGCGGUCAACCACCGAGUCGUCUCGACGGGACGCUCGCACAAAGAUGGUGGUUCCGCGUACUUCCAGUGGGCGCGGUGACCCUCGUCCACGGAAUAUGUCGUGGCGUUGAGUCAACGAAGGUGCUCGAAGUCGCAUCUCGCCCCCAGAUGCAAUGCGAAGCGCACCGCGAGUCCUCGGGCGCGGCGCAGACGCAGUUGGCCCGUGCGCAGUCUCCACGGAGAAAUCGAAGCGGGGAAGGCGAAGACGAAGACGGAGAGGAAGCCCUGGCAGCGCGAUCACGAUCGGUGCACCGCGUCUCGCUUCCGUGCAGUCACGCUUCUUGCUGUAUUCUGAUGGCUGCACGCGAGCGGGGUGCGGGAGCCUGA